AUGACGCCCCCCCUCACCAAAGGCACCACAAUCUCCGUCCGCUUCUCCGCGGUAGUCGACGGCGACACAAUUCGCGUCUACCUUCCCAGUAACCCCAAGGCCGAAUCCAUUCGCCUCCUCAACAUCGACACUGAAGAGUCCGUCUCCUUCUCUUCCAAGCCCAAAACUCCCUGGGGUUUAAAGGCCAAAUCCUUUGCCUACUCUUUCUUCAAAGGCACGGAAAACGUUGAGCUCGAGUUCCUUGGUACGGAAUCCGUCGACGUCGCCCUCGAAAAGCAUCGCGGUCUGUUCGGCCGCGUCCUUGCGUAUGUUUACAAGGAUGGCAUCGAUUUUCAGUACGUCAUGACCCGCAAGGGAUACACACCCUAUUUUAAUAAGUACGGAAACGCUACCUUUGCCUCUCAUCACGCGCGUUAUGUCGCUGCCGAGCACCAGGCCCAGAUUGAAGCCAUUGGCGUCUGAGAUCAGGUCGGGGUCAAUGGCUACGUAGCUCGUGAUUAUCCGUCUCUCAAGGCUUGGUGGGACCUCUGCGCUAGCCGCAUCGACCAAUACCGCCGCCUGAAAGCGACGGAUAAGACCGUGUAUAACACGCAUCUGGAUUACGAAAAGCUCUCCGAGCUCGCUCAGAAGGGCUCGACGGCUACCGUAUUUACUGAAGCUUCAUAUGUUCGGAGAUCUUCCGGCUCCGUCGGUCUCGUUGAUAUUGGCUCCAAGGAACGCCCAUUUGGCCUCAAGAUCCCCGACAUGGAUUGCGACGCAGGCAGAAGCGUACUCGUCUUGCUCAAGUCACGGUACGUCGGGUCUGCGUCCAGGCCCACUGCGGGCUAUUGCUACGCGACAGGAAGGCUAGAAAUGUUCUCCGGAAGCCCGCACAUGGAGAUUCUCAACCCUGCUGCCGUCACUGACUCACUCGGCACGCGCGCCGAAGUCACGGGGCCUCUACCGCCCAUACCGCCGAGGGAAGAGAAUACAGCUGAAGACGCCGUAAUAACACCCGUGCCGGAGGAGGCAUUGGCCCAGGGCGAUGAGCCUGUGCAGGCGCAGGGGGUCGAUCUGGUCAUCGCAGCAUGCUUACCAAACCCGAGCGGCACGGAUAGGGGGAACGAAACUGUGACGCUGCGUAACCGGGGGAUGAGCGAAGCCAACUUGGAAGGAUGGAUUUUGAGGGAUCGGGUUGGACAGACGGAGCGAUUGAGCGGAAGGAUAAGUGCCAGCGCGGAUUUGGCGGUGCAUUAGAAGGCAGGUGGGGUGAGAUUGAAUAAUCUUGGGGACGACGUGAUGCUCUUUAAUAGGGAAGGGUUUUUGGUGAAUUCCGUAUCAUACGGGGAGAGUGAUGCGGCAGAGGGACGGACCGUUGAGUUUGUGUAAAUGUGAAAGGGACGAGAAGCCCAGCGGUGGGCCUAUCCUGGGGGACGCGGAGAUAUCGGGCAUUCGGAAAUCUGCUUCAUUCUUGGAUGGUUGUGGGUUGUGUUUGUGUUGCAAUUCCAACGAAGAAGGGUGGGAGGACAGGGAGUUGGUUCUCGUCACGAAUUAAUCUUACGAAGAUAUUUGUAUUGGCACUGCCGGAUAGCGGCAAAAUCAAUGUUGCGAGGCUUUGGAGAUGGUGAUUGUAUCAAAAAGAGUACGUGAGCGGUACGAGGCCCGUUCCUUGGAGUGAUGGACAUCUGUUCUGAUCUA